AUGAAGAGAAAGUUUGUGGCAGUAGAAGAAGAUAGCUUGGAUAACCAUGGAGUCGCAUGGUGGAGAGGGCAUCUGCUCGGCAAAGGAGGGUCUGGGUCUGUUUUUCUCGCCUAUUUGAAGAAACCCAAAUCUAGAAACGAGUUUUAUCGGCGAGUUAUGGCUGUUAAAUCGGCGGAGGUCUCUUCAUCAAGUUCGCUUCAGAAGGAAAAAGAGGUUUUCAACCAUCUUCAUGACUGUCCCUACAUUCUUGAGUGUUAUGGUGAGGAAACUACUGUGAGUCAGAAUGGACAGAUGUUUUACAAUCUGUUGCUGGAGUAUGCUUCUGGAGGAACCCUAGCUGAUCUUAUAAGGAGAUCGGGUGGUUGUGGAUUACCUGAAUUGGAUGUGAAGAGAUACACAAGGUCUAUUCUUAAAGGCAUCGAUUAUAUCCAUCGCCAUGAUUAUGUUCAUCGUGAUUUGAAGCCAGAGAAUGUGUUGCUUGUGCCAAGUGGUAGUGGUGACUUUGUGCCCAAGAUUGCGGAUUUCGGGUUAGCCAAGAAAGUUCAGAAGACAAAGAGGAGAGUGUUUGAUUCAUCUAUUGCGGGGACUAUUUUGUAUAUGGCACCAGAGACUCUAGUUGAUAAUAUUCAGGAAUCUCCCUCUGAUAUUUGGGCUCUCGGAUGCAUAGUUUAUGAGAUGUUUACUGGGAAACCACUUUGGGGUCUGAACCCUAAUGAGUCAACUGAAGAACUCUGCAAAAGAAUUGUUGAUAGAUUUAAAUUACCUGAAAUUCCAUCUGGGAUCUCAAAGGAUGGAAAGGAUUUCUUGAAAAGAUGCCUAGUGAAGAAUCAUAAGUUCAGAUUCACCAUUGAGAUGUUAUUGAAUCAUCCAUUUGUAUCAGGAAUAUUAGAUGACAGAGGUAAUGAACCUUGUGAUUGGAGCUGUUGUGAAGAGUGA